CUAUAUUAACACUGAUACCUGCCUUCAUCCACGAUUUUAUAAUCAAGAUGGCAGGUCAAGAGGACUGUACCAGGUUCCUACUAGUAGGAUACAUGCUUUACAAGAGAUACGAUUGUAAUUUAUUACUUAGUCAUGCCAUAAAAACAAAUAAAAUAGGAAUUGUGUGCAUAGCAUAACAAUUCCGGCUUGCUCACAAACGCUGAGCUCUGCAUGGGCGAGGUAUCUGGCUGGGUGUCAUCGAGGAUUCCUCCACGUGGUUGUGUAACUCCUUAGGAUAACCCGUCAUCAAUUUUAUAUGGAAAAAUGCAUUUAUGUCUUCAUGUAAAGUGCGUCAAAUUUUAGUAAAACACACCAAUAUCAGAGUUAAUGAAAAUCUGAUCUGCAGUUGAGUUGCAUGUGGAUAUACAGACCAAUGGUGAAGCUAACAACUUAAGAUGGCAAAUGCGUUGACUGUGAUGGUGAAAAUAUGGAGGAUCAAAUAGAAAAUUUGGAAGAGGCGCGGAAAAUCAUCAAAAGUCUUCGUGAGAGAUAUCGAGCACAAAGUCACCAACUUCUAGCGUGGCGGCGAAGAGUCAAGGCCCAGGAGGAAUUAGUAGCAAGACUGAACAAAGAAAGGGCAGAGCAACUAAAAACUCUAUCAGCAGAACUGAUUCUGUUUGAAUCUCGAUUAUGUCGGAAGCAGAAGGAUAUCAGCGUCCUGUUAACACAGAGAGAAAAUGUUAUUUUGUGUCAGCAACGUGCUAUCCAGUUACUGCAGCAGCGACUAUUAGAUGCAGGACUUGACACAUCGAAUCUAGACCUGCAACAGUUUGAUUCUCCAACUGGAGAGACUAAUCUUGACUCACUCAAUGACAGUGACAGUGCAGUUAUCAUGGAGGAUAAUAUCGGCAAUGACCAAGAUGUCAUGAGCGUGUUGCCCCGUUUUCGUCCUGGAAUCGAUGGCGUCACAGUUGUGCGUAGUGUGUCGGAUGCUGUCGAGCCAGGGAAUAAAUACUUGUCUCUACGUCGUUCAAAUGGUUUCCUCAGACGCCCAGAAAUAUUAGAGACAGUUUACAGUGUUGAGGAAGAUGGAGAAGACGUCACACCUCAAACUACCACUGCAGGGAUCAAGACUGAUUUGCCCUGUGAGAAUGGCACUUCUUCUGAGGAACCUAUACAACAUUACAGGGGGAGCUGGGGGAAGAGUGGGAGGCUACAGGGGCUGUAUGGGAGCUUUGAGAGGCUCAACGAGACACCACAUAGGCAAAGGCACUCGGAGGAACCACAACAGAAUCAAGUAACAACUUACAAUCGAGUGAUGAGUAACCAUAGGUCAGUCACCAAACCGAAGGAUGUCAAGUACAAACGGAUUAAUAAAGCUAAGUCUAAAUCCCUGGAAGAGCUGAGAGGUCGUUUAAGAAACUGGGUGGACAAGGGAAACAAGCUAGCAUUGUCACUCGACCAGUCAUAUGCCUGAUGUUGUAACAUCAUGUAAUGAGUUCAAAAAUCUAAUGUGGAUUUUUGUGGCUGUUAUUUCCACCUCAUCUUCUUCUGUACAUAUUUUGUGGUUCUUCAUGAAAAAUUAAGCUUAAGUACUAAAUACACAGUGGCACUUAGUGCAUUCAAAAGACUGGGACAGUUUUUGAAAAUAUCUCUUGUGCAUCAAUAAGAAUUUUCUGGUUAUACUUUAUGCAGUAAGAAUUGUUAGAUGGUUUUUUCAUUUGGACGACGCUGCGAAGCAGAUAAAAAUACAUGUCAACCCAUAGCCAAGUUACCAUAAAGGAUGCCCGUUGUUCUGAAAAUUGAAAACCAGAAUAUAUGUUCUGCAUAAAAAGUGAAAAUCUGUAUUUAACACACCAAAGUAACACAAAAUAAUGUUCAACUAUUAAAUACUGAUAGGAACAUUAAGAUAUACAAACCACAUGUAAGUUAAGUGCUUUUAAAUAUGAUGUGCAUGUUGGAUUCUUAAUUUUGUUUGGAUGACAGUAACUGUCUUUUGAUUCAUUAUUAAAAACACAUUUCUGAGACCUGAUGUUGAUUACGGUCUUCUCAGUUGUGACAGCAUGUAAGUCUUGUAUAUUUCAGACAAAUUAACACUUUCAUCUGUUGUGUAGAAGACCACAAGCAACAAGGACCUUUGGCUGUGUUUAUGUUGGAUAUGCUGUACUUAUCCAUCUAAAAUAAUGUACUGUAUAUUCUAGCAUAAUUUAAUUUUAAGAUAUCUGAAUUUGAAAUAGUAGAUACGUAUGACAUGUAUUUAAGAGAAAGCAAAAUAAUAUAUACAAAAAUAUACACUGUAGAGUUAAAGGAGAGAUGCAGAUAUAUGCUUAUAUAAAUUAUGCAAUGAAAUUGUAAUUUUUGUAAUGAAUGCGGUUAAGAAUCUAAAUGUAACACAACUUUACAAUCUAGAGAAUAUUUUGAAACAGAGCUUCAAAAUAACACUAUGAAAAAACUUUAAACAGUGUACAAAAAUGAUUGGAGAAAACUGUUCAGUCCAUUGAAAUGCAGUUUCUGUAGCCAUCUAAAUGGAUCAAUCAGGUUGGUUUCAAGCUGCAGUUGUAAAUUAUACGUGUUCUUCAAUCAGUGUGUUCCUUUAUUCAAUAGAAACAAGAUAUAAAUAUAUUAGAUGUAAAAUUAUACUAUAUCUUCCAGAACCAAACUUUUUAUGGUAUUGUCCAAUAAUUUAAUUUGCUUCUUAAAUAAAUAUUACUUGUAAGACUGA